AAAUCUCGUGUGUCUACAAAAUGAAAUCCUCUCACUUGACGAGGUCACAGGGUGCUGGCCCGCAGCCAGGCGUGGGGUUCCUCCACUGCUCUGCUCGUUCCUCCCUGUGAGCCCAUCGCUUCCUCCUGGACACUCCUCCUGCAUGAAUUUCUGCACGCUGCGAGGAGAGGCCUGGAUCUGGUCUUCUCAGUAUCCAGUUUGUGCUAUGCUUUGAGAGGGCCAGUAUCGUCUUAAGACCUGCUGCAGCCUCCGAAUAUAAACCCCCCUUUGUUGGGGAGAGGUUGACUUGACUGAGCCGCAUGAUCAGAGUCAGGUGACAAAAUUGGGCAUGAAAGCAGAGGAGAAUGAGCAGUUGGGUGAGGGCAUGAGCUGCUGAUCUUGCCUUUUGACAAGCUGCGUUACUCCUCAGGGAAAAAUGAGUGCCUGGCCCUCUCCUCUGCUUUGGAGCUUGACCACGGCGUGUUUAACAGGUAUUGCUUUAGGCCAGACAAUCAGCACUGAGGUUUCUAUUGCAUCAACACCAGUGCCUCCCAGUACAACCAGCACUGAGGUUAUUGCAUCAAGCCCAGCAUCUCCCAGUGCAAGCACCACUGCAGCCUCUGCUCCCCCAGCUGCCACUGCGACCCUCCUGGCUGGACUGGCAUCAACCACUGCAAACCUUGUAUUGUCCACAGCAGCUCCAUCUGCUGAUCCAAGCACCAUAACCCCUGCUCAGGCUCUGCCCACCACCACAGAUGUGACCAUCCUCAGCUCUGGCAGCACAGCUGCCUCUCGAGUAUCUACAGGACCAGUGGGUGCAUCUACAGGUGUCCCAAUGUCCCCUCCAGGAGUGGCCACGUCUCCCGGGGUCCCGUCGGCAGCUCUGUCCCUCACCACCCCUCAGCCCUCCAACUGCAGCAGAGUGAACAUGACAGCCUGUUCUCACUGCCCCCCAGGGACAUUCCCCAGUGAAGGCACCUUGAGCUGCUCAUGCUGUGCAGGGGGCUCGUGCACAGACCCCAGUGCCUGCAGCUCCUGCCCACCGGGCCACUACCAGCCCCAAAGUGGGCAACCAUCCUGCCUGCCCUGCCCGCAGGGGUCUUAUACCAGCUUCCCAAGGAGCACCGUGUGCCUUCCCUGCCCACCUGGCCAUUUUGCUGAUGAGUCUGGGGCUGCAGCCUGCAGAGCAUGUGAGCAAGGUUAUUUUAGCUCCAAGCAAAACUCAUCUUUUUGUCUUCCUUGCCUGCCGGGAUCAUUUUGCAACACCACCAGCUGCACGGCCUGUCUGCCUUGUCCUGGGGGACAAGAGGCUCCUCGGGAGGCGUCGGACGACUGUGUGCCCUGCCAGCCAGGUACAUUCAAAGGUCCAAAUGACAGCAGGUGCAAGGUCUGCAGGACAGGAGAGUUCCAAUUACAGCGGGGCAAGGAGAGCUGUGACCUGUGCCCAGAGAAUCAUUACUGCCCUAGCCCAGAUGUGAACCCGGUCAAGUGCCCUCCUGACGCCUUCUGCCCCCGGGGCAGCACAGAGCCGACCUACUGCAUGGAGCUCUUCCUAUACAAGGCAGGGGACUCCUGCCAGCUGACCCCUGUGAUGAUCGUUCUCCUGGCCACCUUCUCUGCAGGUGGAAUCUUUGUUAUCUUCCUAAUAAUUCUGAGAAGGCGGCAAGACUCUGGCAGGAAAUCACUGAAGUCUCUGUUGCUGCCCCGAGGCUCAGGACGACACUCGACUUACGGGGGCACGGAGCACACAGAACCAGUCUAUGCUGGGUGGUAGCACAGGACAGGCCACCAGCAGGCACCUGCCUCUGUUUUGCCUGGGGCAAAACAGAUGUGUGUGUGUAUGGGCAAGGUGUUUAACCACAAGAAACUUAUUUCUGUAUAGGUAAAAUAAGUGCUGAGAAAUAAAACUCAGUUUUUGAGUUGUGGCUGCUUGUGCGAACCAACCCAGCUGCCUGCUCUGCCACACUGGCCUGAUGGAAAAAGUGUUCCCCUUUCAAUUCCUGGCUUCAUUCACAAUAUUUUUCUCCUUUCCCAGGGGGAAAAAACCCGAACAGAAGCAAACAAUUAUGCCUCUCUCUCCAUUUCAGUAGUCAAGCUCAACAGAGUGAGGACUGACCGCUCCAGUUAUUGAAGUUCCUGUGACACAACACUCCCUUACACCCGAGCAUGAAUUAACAUGAAUGUGCUUCUUUUUACUAAUAUGUCAUUUGUAUUUUUUUUCUCAUUAUCAAAUGGGUAAGUCAAGAAAGGAAAAAGCUUUCCCCUUCCUCUUAGCUGUGGGCAAACAUGUGCAACUAAAAUAAUGGUUGAUUCUGGGACAAAUACAUCUCUGUUGUUUCCUG